AUGGUCAGCAUUAGGCCUGAGGCUUCAUCCUUAACCAAUGUCCGCCAGCAGCCAAAUGAGUCACUUAAAGGUUACCACACAAGGUUUAACCUAGAAGUGGCUCGAGCUCGAGAUGUCGACGAUAGUGGUCAUUUAAUGGUCGUUCAGGCCGUACUCAUUUUUUUUCUUCUUUUCCCUUUUCUCUCCCCGAAACCCCUUCUUCUUCUUCUUCCUUUUUCUUUUCUUUUCUUUCCUUCGUUUUCUCUCCAAACCAGUCACGGGCACAAUCAGUUGGAUCACCGCCGGAGCGCCAUUUCCGACACGCCGGGAGCUGCAGCUUCCCUGACUGGCGUUGACGGAAACCCCAAAGUUUGGUGGCCAUCGGAGCAAGGACGCGCCUAUACAGCCACUCCGAAGUUUCGCCGUCGAAACUUUGAGGUGACUUUCCGGCGAACUCAGACCACCGUUUGGCGAGUGGGUGGUGCCGUUGGAAUCAGCAUCAUGAGAGGAUCGUCGCCCACUAAGUCAUUCCGGUCAACUCACCAUUUUUCUUCAGCGAGAUUUUGGGUAUCUUCGCCCCUUUGGAAGCAUUUUCCGGUGACACCGGAGGUCAUUUGGGCAAAGGAGCUGUACUUUCGUGAUGUACUCGUCGGGAUGAUCGUUUUGAUAUAUGCCAUGCAUAUAUUCGUUGACGUUUCUGGUACCGUCACCAACAGCUAUUGUGCACCGCUUGGGAAAAACGUGAUAUUAAAAUCGGACUAAAUCAUUCUAAGAUCAUCGAUAAGCUUAGGAGCGUUGCUUUGGGCUCGGAUUAAAUUCUAAAGAGGAGCCUAGUGACGCGAACGUGGAAAUGAUGAAUUAUCGAUGGAGCCAUUGUGUUUAGCCUAUUUCUAUUUCGGGUCAUUGUCUUAUCUUUUGAGCAUUAUAUAUGUAUUCGACUUCGAAUCUAAUGAUCGGUAUAUCUGAAUGAGCUAUGAAAUAGUUAGGGAUGAGGAAUGGUGGAUGCUAAGUAUUAUUUUGAGUGUUUAUGACUUAUUAAAUUUAACUAUUUGGUGAUUACAUAACUGUGGGAAUAUUAUUGUUUUAUGUAUAAUGAUAAAUGAUCAUACUAUUAUUACUAA